CGGCCAGCUCCUCCCGCCGCCCUCGGCCCCUCGGCCCCCUGUAUGACCCGUCCCUUUCCAGCCGCGUCCAAUCGGCCGCUCUCUGCAGUCGCGUCCCUCAGCCCUCCGUCGCUCCUCCCACGCUUGAACUUCCCGAAGGACAGCCGAGCGGCCCCAUGAGCUCCCGGGACGGCCUGAGCGGGAGCGUGAAGGGCCAAUCCGGAGUCGGCGCGCGCAGGAAAGGCGGGCCGGCGUGACGGACUGGGGAGGUGGUGCCAGGCUGGUUGCUAGCUGCCGCCGCCGCUCACCCCGGCCGUCCGGCCGCUUCAUUGUCACCGGGCCUCGGGGCAGUGUUGGGGGUGGCGGGGCGCCAGGUCGCCGACCCGAGGUUUGGGCGCGACUGGUUCCGCAUCCGCUCCCCGCCGGCCGAAUCUGCAGGCCGCGCGCGCCAGGCAGGCUUCGCUGCUGCGCCCCCGGCCCGCGCAGGGCCUGCCUCGUCCACCAUGAAAGGCACCCGGGCCAUCGGCAGCGUCCCGGAGCGCAGCCCAGCCAGUGUGGACCUGAGUCUGACAGGUCUCCCUCCGCCUGUGUCCCGGCGCCCUGGCAGUGCCGCCACCACCAAGCCCAUCGUCCGCUCUGUCUCCGUGGUCACAGGCAGCGAGCAGAAGAGGAAGGCGCUGGAGGCCACAGGGCCUGGGGGCUCCCGGGCCAUCAACAACCUUAGAAGAUCCAACAGCACCACGCAGGUCAGCCAGCCUCGGAGCGGCUCCCCCAGGCCAGCGGAGCCCACGGACUUCCUGAUGCUCUUCAAGGGCAGCCCCAGUGGGAAAAAGAGGCCGGCCAGCCUGAGCACAGCCCCCAGCGAGAAGGGAGCCACCUGGAACGUCCUGGAUGACCAGCCCCGGGGCUUCACCUUGCCAUCCAAUGCCCGGAGUUCCAGUGCCCUUGACUCACCAGCGGGCCCGCGGAGGAAAGAAUGCACCGUGGCCCUGGCCCCCAACUUCACUGCUAACAACAGGAGCAACAAGGGAGCUGUGGGCAACUGCGUCACCACCAUGGUGCACAACCGCUACACCCCCUCGGAGAGGGCGCCCCCGCUCAAGAGCUCCAACCAGACCGCCCCCUCCCUCAACAACAUCAUCAAGGCAGCCACCUGUGAGGGCAGCGAGAGCAGCGGCUUCGGGAAGCCACCGAAGAAUGUCUCCAGUGCCACCCACUCGGCCCAGAACAACGCUGGGGGCAGCACGGGCCUGCCCAGGUGGAAGGAGGUGACGGAGGAGGAGGCUGAGAGGUUUAUCCACCAGGUGAACCAGGCCGCUGUCACCAUCCAGCGCUGGUACCGCCACCACGUGCAGCGGCGUGGAGCAGGAGCUGCCCGCCUGGAGCACCUGCUGCAGGCCAAGCGGGAGGAGCAGCGGCAGCGGUCAGGCGAGGGGACCCUCUUGGACCUGCAGCAGCAGAAAGAGGCAGCCAGGAGGAAGGCCCGGGAGGAGAAGGCGCGCCAAGCCAGGCGAGCAGCCAUUCAGGAGCUGCAACAGAAACGAGCCCUGAGAGCCCAGAAGGCGAGCACUGCCGAGCGUGGGCCACCUGAGAAUCCCAGGGAGACCAGAGUGCCAGGGACGCGGCAGCCUGCUCAGGAGCUGUCCCCCACGCCAGGUGGCACUGCCCACCAGGCCCUCAAGGCCAACAAUGCUGGUGGUGUCCUCCCUGCUGCAGGCCCCGGAGACCGCUGCCUGCCCACCUCCGACUCAUCCCCAGAACCACAGCAGCCUCCAGAGGACAGGACGCAGGAUGUUCUCGCCCAGGAUGCAGCUGGGGACAACCUGGAGAUGAUGGCCCCGAGCAGGGGCAGCACCAAGUCCAGGGGGCCGCUGGAGGAGCUGCUGCACACACUGCAGCUGCUGGAGAAGGAGCCGGACCCGCUGCCCCGCCCCAGGGCACAUCGCAGGGGCAGAUACGCCUGGGCCAGCGAGGUGACCACGGAGGAUGACGCCAGCUCUCUGACAGCUGACAACUUGGAGAAAUUUGGAAAACUCAGCGCGUUCCCCGAACCCCCUGAGGAUGGGACACUGCUCUCGGAGGCCAAGCUACAAAGCAUCAUGAGCUUCUUGGACGAGAUGGAGAAGUCUGGGCAGGACCAGCUGGAACCCCAGCAGGAGGGGUGGGUGCCGGAGGCGGGGCCGGGGCCCCUGGAGCUGGGGUCCGAGGUGAGCACGUCUGUGAUGCGGCUGAAGCUGGAGGUGGAGGAGAAGAAGCAGGCCAUGCUGCUGCUGCAGAGAGCGCUGGCGCAGCAGCGAGACCUCACGGUCCGGCGGGUCAAGGAGACAGAGAAGGCGCUGAGCCGGCAGCUGCAGCGGCAGAGGGAGCACUACGAGGCCACCAUCCAGCGGCACUUGGCCUUCAUUGACCAGCUGAUUGAAGACAAGAAGGUCCUGAGUGAAAAGUGCGAGGCCGUGGUGGCGGAGCUGAAGCAGGAGGACCAGAGAUGCACCGAGCGUGUGGCCCAGGCGCAGGCGCAGCACGAGCUGGAGAUUAAAAAACUCAAAGAAUUAAUGAGCGCCACUGAGAAAGCCCGCCGGGAGAAGUGGAUCAGUGAGAAAACCAAGACGAUCAAGGAGGUCACUGUCCGAGGUCUGGAGCCCGAGAUCCAGAAGCUGAUUGCCAGGCACAAGCAGGAAGUGCGGAGGCUCAAGAGCCUGCACGAGGCGGAGCUGCUGCAGUCGGAUGAGCGGGCCUCUCAGCGCUGCCUGCGCCAGGCCGAGGAGCUGCGGGAGCAGCUGGAGCGGGAGAAGGAGGUGCUGGGCCAGCAGGAGCGCGAGCGUGCUCGGCAGCGGUUCCAGCAGCACCUGGAGCAGGAGCAGUGGGCGCUGCAGCAGCAACGGCAGCGGCUGUACAGUGAAGUGGCUGAGGAGAGGGAGCGGCUGGGCCAGCAGGCAGCCAGGCAGCGGGCGGAGCUGGAGGAGCUGAGGCAGCAGCUGGAGGAGAGCAGCUCUGCGCUGACCCGAGCCCUGAGGGCCGAGUUUGAGAAGGGCAGGGAGGAGCAGGAGCACCGGCACCAGAUGGAGCUGAAUGCCCUGAAGCAGCAGCUGGAGCUGGAGAGGCAGGCGUGGGAGGCCGGCCACGCCAGGAAGGAGGAGGCGUGGCUGCUGAACCGGGAACAGGAGCUGAGGGAAGAAAUCCGGAAAGGCCGGGACAAGGAGAUCGAGCUGGUUAUUCACCGGCUGGAGGCAGACGUGGCGCUGGCCAAGGAGGAGAGUGAGAAGGCUGCCGAGAGCCGCAUCAAGCGCUUACGGGACAAGUAUGAGGCAGAGCUCUCCGAGCUGGAGCAGUCGGAGCGGAAGCUUCAGGAGCGGUGCUCAGAGCUGAAGGGCCAGCUUGGGGAGGCCGAGGGCGAGAAUCUGCGUCUGCAGGGCCUUGUGCGGCAGAAGGAGCGGGCGCUGGAGGACGCGCAGGCGGUGAACGAGCAGCUUUCUAGUGAGCGCGGCAACCUGGCCCAGGUGAUCCGCCAGGAGUUCGAGGACCGGCUGGCAGCCUCUGAGGAGGAGACGCGGCAGGCCAAGGCGGAGCUGGCCUCGCUGCAGGCCCGCCAGCAGCUGGAGCUGGAGGAGGUGCACCGGAGGGUAAAGACGGCCCUCGCGAGGAAGGAGGAGGCCGUGAGCAGCCUCCGGACACAGCACAAGGUGAGUCCCUGUGGUCAGCCCUGCCGGACCUCAGGGGCGGGAGCAGGCCUGACCCUGUGGGUGUGUUGCAGGCUGCGGUGAAGCGGGCCGACCACCUGGAGGAGCUGCUGGAGCAGCACAGGCGGCCCACGCCGAGUACCAAGUGACCAGGGAUGCCGGGAACACUGUCGAAGAACGGAAGGCAGAGGACAGAGGCUGGACGUGAGCCCGGAGGCCCACGGGGACGCCCACCUGCCCCCCACAGAGGCCAGUGGUUGAGAUGCCCGCGGCUGAGCACCUGUGGCUGCAUUUUAACAGUAAAGGAGGCCGUUGUUUUCA